UUUAAACUUUUUCUGGGUCAUUUACAAGGACAGGACAACCAUGCCUCUUGUUUAUCCUGUGUCGAUAUCCACAACCGAAAUGCACACUGGUGGAGAACCCUUAAGGAUCAUAGAAAAGGGAUACCCAGAAAUCAAAGGUCGAACACUUCUGGACAAAAUGAACUAUCUCAAAAGUGACUUGGACGAGUACCGGAAAUUGUUAAUGUGGGAACCGCGGGGACACUAUGACAUGUAUGGAGCGCUGGUCGUGCCUUCAGAUAUAAAAACGUGUGAUUUUGCUUCAAUCUUUAUUCAUAACGAGGGAUACUCUACCAUGUGUGGGCACGCUGUGAUUGCAUUAGGACGUUAUGCCAUAGAAAAGGGGCUCGUUAAAAACGUCACUGUUCCAGAGACUCAGAUAAAUAUUCAAUGUCCUUGUGGGCCAGUGGCUGCUUACGUGACAUAUGAUGGGAGGAACACCGGCGCUGUGAGGUUCCAAAGUGUGCCUUGCUUCGUCUUUAAACCAGAUCUGAGCGUGGAUGUUCCUGGCCACGGUAAAAUAACGGUGGACAUUGUGUAUGCAGGAGCUUUCUAUGCCAUUUUGUCAGCUGGACAAUAUGGUCUGGACGUCAGAAACUCACGAGUGUCCGAGCUGAGGGCAGCGGCUGGAGCCACGACAGACAUUUUGAGAGGGCAGCUGUUGCUGGAGCACCCCGAGACUGAAGGCGUGUCUUUUCUGUAUGGUACGAUUCUGACGGACGGAAACGAUGGCCAUUCAGAUGAAAUAACAGACACUAUGUGUGUGUAUGCUGAGAGAGCGGUAGAUAGAUCUCCGUGUGGGUCAGGGACAUCUGCUAGAAUCGCUCUUCAAUACUAUAAAAAUAAAAUCAAGCUUGGUCAGCCCAGGACAUUUCGUGGACCUUCUGGUGAAGUAUUCACGGCAAAAGUCGCCAAGGAGGUCAGCUGUGGAAAUCACAAGGCCGUGGUCACUGAGGUGAAAGGUCAAGGUUAUUUCUGUGGAAAUUCUACAUUUACACUGGAAGAAAGUGACGCUGUAGGCAGAGGAUUUUUAUUAAAAUAAUUACUGUGUCUUGUCCACGGCUUGAAUCAAUAAACGUUACACAAAUUGUUAGGAAAGUAAAACAGUAAAUUUUAAGUUUUAUUAUAAUGCUUCCGGAAGAAUGGAUGUAAUGUUUGUGAAAUAAAUUAUUAUAGAUGUACAAAUCAUGAACAUCACAAUUCUGGAUCAAAAGUUUCCUGCACCAUUAAAUGUUCUUAUGAAAUAUUUGUGUGAAAGAUAUAAACCUCAAUAAUAUUUGUGUAAAUCUGCAAAAUAAGAAAAAUUAAUGCCAAGACUAGGUGAGGCACAUAGUCGAAAGAUGUGUAAAAAUAUAUUAAAAAAUAUUAUUAUGUAAGACGGUGACCUAGUAUGGCAAAAUUUAUUGAAUUACUUAAUUCCAAUUCUUCUUAAAAUACUUGGGAAAUGUGUUUGAAUUUUUAAAAAGAGGGAAAACGCUACCAUUCAGCAGCAUUAAUAGUACAAAAGACACCUGCAUUGCUACUUUUUUUUUCUUUUAGUUUUCUACAUAUUUGUAAUAGUACCUGUGCAACACCUUUUAACCAAUGUAU